UCACAGCUCGCCGGACUCGCCACCUUGCCGCUCAUCCGCGAGUUCAGUUUACCUUCACUCACCGCGGGCCACUCGCUCAGUCAGUGUGUUACCCUGUAGGACGUUGGGCGGUGAAGCUCCUCCGCUCCUACCACUGGUGAAGCGCAGCGCCGACACUCGCUCCCUGCGCUUACAAAAAACAUUCGCCUUGCCAAACUGCCUUACUCUGGUUCAUAAUGGAGGCGUAAUUUAAUCAUGAGUUCUCAUAUGCUAUCAUAUAAUAAUGGUUGCAUAUAGAAUGAAAAAUGUACUGACUCGAAUGUACUGAUAAGCCGUGUGAAGUUUGUGUUUGCUGCCAAAAUGCACCCGUGUGGCAAGAAUAUGAACAUGUGAUAAACACUUUAAUGGACGGUCACUGUCAUCGGCUUUAGAUAACAGAUCAUCUAAAAGCCGAAAAUUUUCGCAAAUCUCUCAAAUAUAAAGCGUCAACAAAUAGCCGAAUAGUGGCAAGAACCGUCAGCCGUUGCUUGAAUACGUCAAUCGUUAUAGAGACGUUUGUGUAAAAUAAAUUUUUAGCCAAGCAUAGCAAAACGACACAGAGCAGACCCAGACCUACUAACCUCGCCAACUCUUAUGGAUCAUCUUUACUCUCCUGGACCUUACCUGAUGCUCCUCGGACUGACUGGAUAAUAUUAGCAGCGAGAUGAGCUGCCUGGAACACGAAAGAAAUCAGUGACGAGUGGGACGAAGACCGUGUGCCUGGAGGAAAGCUCCAGCCAGCCACCAUGCAGACGCCGGCGUGGAUCAAGCGGUUUUGGGCUGACUUCCUGCACAAGGAAUUUAUGCCCAUCAAAAUCCUCUUCUUCCUCAUGUAUGGAGCAUCAAUGGCCAUGUUCCCCUUCCUGACGAUACAGGCGAGGUCGCUAGGCAUCACGGAGAAGGAGCUGGGCAUCGUGUACGCCUUCACGCCCGCCAUCACCAUCAUUGGGCCGCCCCUCACCGGCAUGAUAGCGGACAAGAUCGGGAACUUCAAGGUGUUCCUGAGCUUGACGUUGGCAGCGAGUGGAGGCGCAGCCAUCGUAUUUUCCGCCGUUCCCGUGGCGCGUCGCUACCACACCCUGCCAGAAUCACUGCCUCUCACCCUCUCCCUCGUGGGUGACGGUCCGGCCUCCCUCUCGGUUCCUCCGCCCCUGCAGUGUGACUACUUGCCUCUCCUCGAUAACCUCACUAUCACGAUCGCCAACUGCAGUCUCUGUGACCCCAGCAGUCUGCUGCAGGGUGGCUGCGUCCCCCAAGGGCCAAGUGUGUGCGUGGGGCAACAGUUGGAGGCUCCGGGAGAAGCUGAGGUGCAGGUGCUCCCCGUCACGCCCCACGCCAACGCUUCCAAUGUCACGUACCUAGAGGUGAUCCACUGGAGCGACGCAGCGUUCCCAACCCAGACAGGUGGCGAAGUGGAGGAGUGCGCUAUAGCCUGCUCUGCCGCGGGUGCUCGCGUGGACCUCUGCUCCAACACUGUCUCCGUGGAGGUGAUUGACCCCAUGUUGACCUUUUGGUGCUACCUCCUUGUCCGCGUGCUGAACGGCUUCACCCUGGCUGCCAGCUUCACGCUGUUCGACGGGGCCGCCAUGGCCAUCCUGAAGGAGCACAGCGGCGACUACGGCCUGCAGCGCCUUUACGGGAACCUGGGUGCCAUCUUCCUCACUCCGAUCUCUGGCCUCCUCAUCGACCGCUCCUCCGAAGAGAACGGAGACCAAGACUAUAGACCGGCUUUUUACCUGUACUGCGCGCUGAAGGUGGUGGGGGCGGUGGUCAUUCUCUUCCUGGACUUAGAUUUCCGGAAGCCCUCCAACAAAGUGCUAAAAGAUUUCCGAGGACUCCUUAAGAAGCCUGAGAUCCUCGCCUUCCUUGUCGUCAUGCUAAUCUCAGGGAUAUGCUUCGGCGUGCUGGACACCUUCCUGUUCUGGCUGCUGCAGGAUCUGGGCGCCAAGAAGUACCUCAUGGGCAUCACAGUGACGGUGGGCAGUCUUGCAGGGAUACCUAUCUUGGUCGCCUCAGGGUCCAUCUUUAAGAAACUCGGCCUCGCCAACACUAUUAUCCUUGGAUUUGCCUUUUACGUCUUUCGGAUGUUGGGCUACUCCUUCAUCACCAACCCGUGGUGGUGCAUGCCCUUCGAGGCCUUGGAGUGCUUCACCGUGUCCCUCAUGAGUGCCGCCGCCGUGUCCUACGCUGCAGACCUGGCCACGCCCGCCACCCUCGCCACCCUGCAGGGAGUGUACGGCGGCCUCUAUUAUGGCGUGGGUCGAGGUCUUGGAAGUCUUGUGGGCGGGUUCCUGAUUGGUCCUCUCGGGGUCCGCAACACAUUCAGGAUCAUGGCCCUAGUGUGCGCCGUCACCUGCAUCGUGUACUUCAUCCUCAACCGUCUGUUCUUCGUCAAGGCGCAGGAGGAAAGGAAACUCAAGGCAGAGAAAGAGAAAAAGGAUGAAAAGGAGGCAGUAACAGAGGAGCGAAGCACUGACAAGGAGCUCGGUAACGUGGUGGAGAACAGUACAAAGAAAGAUACCAAAGAUAGUGUUAAUGUGAUAUCUGAGGAGAAGGCAAACAAAGCUGAUGAUUCUGCAGGACAAGGACAGCUAAACAACGCCUUCGACAAAAAUGAGUGAGCUUGAAGGGUGACGAGGACUUGUGGAGUCAAGAGUGAUUCGGUAACAGAAGACGAGCACUGUGAAAGUGACCCACAAGUUUGAUUUUACAUUCUAUUCAGAGACUUGUAAAUGUGAUACUAUUUUAAUGAGCUGAUGUGCUUGGAAAGUACAAUUAGACUUGCAGACAAGAAUGCAUAAUUUCUGAGAAGUUAGUAUUAUAUGUUUGCAUUUGUUUAUCUGAUAUUUGUACUUGUGGCAGCGAACACUGUCCAAGGUUUAGGUACCAAAUGAGACAGAAAUUAAAAAGACUGUCAUAAAGGUGUUUGAAAUCGUGGUGAUAGAAAUAUAUAAUCAAUUUUAUUUCAUAGUUCUGUAGACUUUGCACCUCUUCAUUAUUACGAGACAACACUCAGAAUAACACAUCCCUGGGAGGAAACGCCACAAGACUGGAUGCGUAUUUCCAUCCCCCUGGCCGCUGAGUCUCUGGCAGAUCACUCACCUUGUACAGGAAUGGAAGGUCUCCUAAAUUGUCCACAUUAUCUCAUUUACCUUCCCUUGUGGUCAGUUACUGACUAAACCUAAAAGAACAGGAAUGAUCUACUCACGGCAGUUCCAUCAGUCCUCACCAGUGCCUGCAUGUGUAUAAUUCUAGUUUGAAAGAGGUUUGCUUACACUCAUACUAAUGAAAAGUUACGCCUGGAAGUGCCAAGGUGAAAGCUGUAUCAAUACCAUGCGCUGUAUGAGUGUCUUCUGGUACAGUUUGGUGCUGCUGCCAUUUUUGAACUUAUGAUAAAUACUUGAAGGUGGUACGCAGUGUAACAUGUGAGGAACAAAUAAUUGCAUUAAGAAAUGGUCCAUUUUGCAUUCCUAUUAAUAAAAGAUGAUUUUUUAGAAACCAGUGACAGGUGUUAAGUGGAGAGCUCCACUACGAGGAUGAGCUGAGGGUUUCGCUCGCGAUCUCCUUUAGAACCUCCGUGCUUCGUGUAUCCCAUGCAGACCUCUCCCAGCCCAGUGUUUGUACAGAGGCACCAGUGAUGGGUGGCGGUCACAUGAGUGAAGUAAAGGCCAGACAUCACUUCUGUCCUCAGUCAGUUUACAAAAUCUUGAGAUUCUCAUAUGUAUGGAAUACCACAAAGUUCGCAUCUCGCAAACUAACAAGAUAUUUAAUUGAAAUAUAUAGAAAACCACCAGCCAUCUCCUUUCUCCUCUUCCUGGUUUUCUCCACAGCAACAACCCAAGUAGUACAUAGCUACGGGUAGAUUCUAGUUAGGGAAAAGACAACUUCAUCAUUUCUACAUAUCAUAGUGGAACAUGAUAAAAUGUGACUGCAGAUGUUGUGCAGCUACUUCUAGUUUUGUUUACACUUUCUUGCAGAUGGAUUACAAACACUGCAGACAAGUGACACAGGUUUAUUUGGCACUAUUGAUGACUGCCAGAAUAAUCAAACCCUAACGGAAUCCUGCUAUUGAUGAUCUUCAUGUGUACUUAUUUCAUCAGUUCGACAGUGCUUGUGUGUCCGUUCUUUAGCAUCUGUUUUGUGUCAUCGAGGUCAUAGGGCAAUUAAUCCUUACAGUUGCUUCUGCCACUGUCACCCAAAUCUCAUGUGCCUCCUCGUACCUCCGCCCAUUUCUGUCUUCUUAUAGACGUUACAAAUCUUGUGUUAUUGUUAGUUAUAGGGGUUAUGGGAAGCCUGCGAGACCAGUACAGUCAGGUGUGUACCCUCGCUUCGUGCUGUUGUUGAUGGCUGUGUGGCCUUAAUCUAGUUCUCUGCAAGACAAAAUGUGAUGUUAGAUUUGUUGUGUUGUGGGUUAUAGUAAUAAAUCCAUUAAGGGGU